CUUCAAUAUUUUGGGCCAACUGACCAACUGUGGUGCCUAACAAGCCGCUUUCACUUGAUAUUCGUUGAAAGAUGGGGUGACAUACGGCAUUAGACGACGGACAUAGUCGGUAAGCUUUAACUCCAUCAAUAAAAAUCCCUGGGGCUUUAAGGUAUGUCUGUUCUGUUACUUGUGGUCGAGAUGGCGAAAUACUGAGUCAAGGAUGGCAUCACACGCCAAGACUUCAUUGUGCACCAUGAUGUGGAAGACUACAUCCGCUGGCUGAUAUAUGAAUCUAGAGAACUGAUGGGAGUCAAAUUAAUCUGACCACCAUCAAACAUAUCUCUCCAGGUACCACGAUUACAAGUGAUACAAGGACCCAUCCCUCGGAGCAUUCAUUCUUCAUCAUGGCACCCUCUGUUCAGCAACUGGCUGAAGAUGUCCCAGAAGUCUCCUUUGAAAAAUUCUCACUCAAAGAAAAGGAGCCAGUCAAGAUCAAGCGUCAGAUUGAGGAGGAAGGUGGAAAAACAGACGCAUCGUACCCCGCAUAUCUGCCAACGUGGAACCAUGGCCAGAAAUAUCCGGCUCUGGAGCCAUUUGUACAUAUCGAGCACGGAUUAAAUGCAGAUCCAACAUUCAAAGAUCUUCUUCCCGAAGGAAGCAAGAUCAAGAAACUCACUCCAACCACCGGUUCGGAAGUCACAGGUGUGCAGCUCAGCCAGCUCUCAGCCGAAGGAAAAGACCAACUUGCCCUCUUGGUAGCCCAACGUAAAGUGGUUGCUUUUCGAGACCAAAACCUUGCAGAUCUACCACUGGAUAUAGCCCUAGACUUCGGGAACUACUUUGGACGUCACCACAUCCAUCCUACUUCCGGCUCGCCAGAAGGCUACCCUGAGUUGCACAUCGUGCAUCGGUAUGGAAUGCCAGGAACUUCCGAGUUCGAUUCUUUCCUCGCUGGCCGUAAUAGCAGUGUGAGCUGGCACUCGGACGUGACGUAUGAAGCCCAACCUCCUGGAACGACAUUCUUGUACAUUUUCGAUGGACCUGAGGAAGGCGGUGAUACGCUCUUCACCAACCAGGUUGAGGCGUAUAAUCGACUUUCGGAACCAUUAAAAGAAAGGCUUCAUGGAUUGAAGGCUCUUCAUUCCGGAUUCGAGCAGGCUCAGUUCAGUCGUGAUAGGGGUGGCGUCGUGAGACGCGAGCCAGUGAAGAACGAACAUCCCAUCAUCAGGACACAUCCCGCUACGGGGGAGAAGGCACUUUUUGUUAACCCUGGAUUCACUCGUAGUAUCGUUGGACUCAAGAAAGAGGAGUCAGAUGCUUUGCUACAGUUCUUGUUCGCUCACAUUGCGAGGGGUAUCGAUUACCAAGUUCGCGUGAAGUGGGCACCCAAAACGGUGGUCGUUUGGGAUGUAAGUGCAAAAGCAGAUAUCAUGAUUAAGCUUGAGUACUAAUGCAAGGUAGAAUCGUGUCACUGUCCACUCGGCAACACUUGACUGGUCCACAGGGGAGAGGCGACAUUUGGCUCGUAUUACACCUCAAGCUGAGGCCCCAUACGAAACUCCAUAUAUCAAAGCAGAGACGGCUGCUGUGUGAUGAGGCUUCAGGAUAUAUGCAGAAACCAAAGAUCUCAAAUGUGAAGGAGGGCAGGGCUUUCGCUUCGGAUUGAGGAACGUUGGUGGAUGUUUGAUUUGCAGUAUCAGAAAGCAGCUAUUUUGUGCCAAAGUGUUCAUUCAAUCUUCAUGAGAUUUUUAGGCCUGUAAGCUUCAAGUAGCAGUAAUCUUCGCCGUUUCGGUUCAAAUUGCAAUUUCUCGUAUCCUCGUGACUUCAAGGACAUCUCUAAGUGAAACAAUAAUUCAUGUAACCGCGGGUACAAGUAAAAAAAUAUAGACCUCCCCUAUUUGGUAGGUCUCUGUAAGGUGCGAUGAAGUUUGAGAAAGAGCUUGGCGCGACGAGGUCCU